AAAUGGUGAUUUUCCUCAAACUUUGUGAUUUGUUUCGCUGAAACCGCUUAUUUUAAAAUGUUCCUUAAAGUAAAACCAAGAGGAAAUUAAAAAUGGACAGGACAAGCGGUGGCGGAGGGACAAACGACAAGAUCACCAAAAUUGAUGUUGGUAAUAGGGACAACACUAAAAAAAUGUGCCAGAACUGUCACAAUUUCAUCUUCCUCCUUUGAGGUUCUGUGUUCUGUGGCUUGUAAGCGGGUUAAAAUGACAGUAGGUAUUUUUGAAUUCCUCAAGAGUUUAGCCAAAGUUGCCUGCAAUAGUUGAACUAUACGUGCAAAUGGGUGGAGCAGUGGUAUAGAUGAUCGUUCUAGGUGGUAAAGUACAUAGCUAGCUUUGAACAGUUGAAAUAUGCUUAUCGUGAAAAGUCAAGAUAGUUUGGUGGAAAGAAAUAACGCGUUGAACACGAUGGUUAAUACUGAAACACCUGAAGACAUGAGGAACACUGAUUCCAAGGAUAUAUUCCAAUAUCAACUGCCAAGAAUGAGAGCUUCGUAUACCCUGACAGUAGCUCCAGAUAGUACGACUGCAGACUUACCUGAGCCAGCUAAUUCUUCGAUGGACGCUAAAGUUUUAUGUAACAGUGAAUCAAAACGACUUGAGAACGCCUCACUAGCAGAAUAUGAGCCUCAUUUAUCUGAAGGGGAUCCUCUGAAAUAUUACAAACCCACCAUACCUGCACAGCCCACAGUAAUUAGCACUGUUCCAAAAUCUCCAAAACCGAUUAUGGCGAAUAAAUCGACUACUGCAGCAAGUGAUGAUAAAGAUUUUGAGAUUCCUUUGGAAGAGUCUUUAAGAGCAGUAGAAGAUUUUAUCAGGAAGGAAAAAGAAUUAUCAAAGUGGCAGGUUGGAGAAGAUGUUUUAGCUAAAUGGAAAGGCAAUGGACGGUACUAUAAAGCUAAAAUCUUGGAAAUUAUUCCCACAGGAACGGUUGUUGUCGUCUUUGAAUCAUAUGAGGUAACUGAUGAGUUAGACUACAAAGAUUUGUGCAAGUAUUUUAACAAAACUAAUACGUUUAAAAAGAAGGGAUGUCCGCAAGUCGGAGUGAAAACGGUUGCUACGAAUGUAGAUGUCAUUUCUGUUAAGAAGCGAGCAAAAGUGCUCAAACAAAAAAUAUCACAACCCAAAAGACUGCCAUAUUUCUCAGUUUUCCGAAAAUCAAACAUGACAAAAAAGAAACUAAUGUAUUUUAAGAGAAAAAUCCAAAUCUUAAGGAAGUUAAAAUCAAAACGUCGAGCCGCUAUUAAAAAUAAUUCCUAAAAUAUUACAGAUUUUUACCGAAGUGUCUAUCUACAUGUGAUCUGCAUGAAAGGUAUAAUUAGUUGCAAAUUUUACCCUUUUUGCACUACUCAUGUGGACAGGUAUAUAGAUAUUGGUUUUGGGAUAUUGAUCAAUGUGUGUAUGUUCAUGUAUUAAGUAUAUGCCUUUUCUAUAGAGCAUUUCUAGAAUAUUUUUCUAAAUAAAUUGUCAGACCAAAUAAAUACUAAUAUGUUCAAAUAUUUAAAAGUACUAAUUCAACAUACAACAUCUUUACAUGAUGGCCUUUAUAAGGUGAUUACUAACUUUAUUGGCGUGGUUUUGAUGACUUCAUCAAAAUCUCUUCUCUCUAAAUUUAUCCGAUCAAGCACUUAAUUCCAAUAGUUUCGCAAAAAUCGGCCCAUUUAAACCAUUUUUCUGAAGUGAUGCAUAUAAGUUCGCCAAAUAUUUUUUAUCUAUUUACAUUGCAGCCAUAUUAGGAAACGGUUUAGUUAGAAUUACUUAAAAUUAAUGGCUACAGCGUAAGUAGACGUACUGUAUUAGAAAACCGUUAGUACACAUAAUCGAUCCAAUCAGUGGUGUUUCGUUAAACAUUUUGCACAUUAGAAAUCAAUCAAUACUAAAAUCAUCUGGGGGAUGAUGCUAUGCGUAAUAUCAGGAGCGUAAGCUAUCACUAUUAAAAAUAUACAUUUCCUAGUCAAGUCAGAGCUAUGAGAGUGAUGUAAGUUUAUCAGAAGAUUUAUGUUUUUGACACUAUUUUUUUCAGAGAAGAAAAGCUCUGUUGCUUCUUAAUAUUACAUAACAAGUUGUGUUUGUGCAAAGUUUAUACAAUUAUAUCGUUCAUUACUAUACGUGAUUGAUACCACGCUUUAUUUCUGGUGUCAGUCUGAUCUUAAAACAGACUUAAGUUGAAAUUAAAAUCUAUUGGAUUGAUUGAAUGCAUUGAGAACAAAUUCGAGUGUUUCAUUAGGUUGUUGCUAAAAUCUGAAAUUAAAGGGUUUUGUGUCGUUUUCGUACAUUAUUAGCAAUUUUUGCAGCUACUUUUACCGCCUGCCACAAUCCCAACUUUUAACUAGCUUCAUUUUAUUUUAUUUUUUGGUUGUCAUUUCUAAUCUGAUAAGUUAUGUGUACUAACGAUUUUCUGUGUACUAAUUUUGUGGUUCGCGUAGUAAGUCAAUGAGAAUAUUAGAAUAAAUGGCUGUAAUCAAUCUCAUUUAGUUAAUUUAGCGUACUUUUCAAGAAAAUAAAUAUUGAUUUUUAUUAUAAAAAAAGAACUUUGAAUAUUCAAAGUUACACCACCAGUUCCAAUUGACUGCCAAAUGGAAAUCAAUGCUAGACGUAGGAAAAUGUUUGUUUAAUUUUAAUUUUUCUCUGUCUCGGUCGGUGCAAUUUCUUAAGGUAAAGUAAAAUACUUUAUUCAAACAAUACAUAAUUGGAGUAAAACUUUCUUUAGUAGUGUGGGUUAUUGGUUGUAUAACUCAUGUAAAGUUUUCUGAUUUUCGAUUUAAAACGCAUUUGAUUUCAAUAUACUUUAAGGAAAUGUGCAUGUAUUUUUUUAACUUACUUAACAGCGUUGUAAAUAUGUAAUAUCAAUUAACACGUUCUCUUCGAACUGACGGAUCUCAAAGCAAUUACAUUCUAGUAAAGGGUUUGGAGUAACUAUGCAUUUAAACGGGCGCCCUAAUAAUUUCCCCAUAAACAGCUUAACAUUAGUAAUAACGGUCAUUGAACGUGUUAAUCGAUUCGUAAGAAUUGGUAUAAAUCAAUUAAUGUCUUGAAUCAUGAUGCACUUGUUAUAUAAUUUUUGUUAGAAAGUGUUUGUUAUGCAUUUGUAUGUUUAAUAUGUUAUGAGACUGAUUCGCGUAGCAUAAAUGUUUCCUUUUUCUUCGAGCAAGAUAUCAGCAUAACUAAUAACUUGUAACAAAAGAUAUACAUAUUUUUUUGCGAAAAAUGUUGAAAUUUGUUGUAGUCUUAGCAGUUGCGAUAUCGAUUACUAAUUGUAAAAAACCAUUCAUGAAUCUGUCGGGCUUUUGGAGUGACUUAACCAAGUCAUAUCAUCUUAGUUUUGAACUAAUUGUGAGAAAUGCAGAAAAAUGUCUCAUAGUUCUGGUGGUUAAACGUUUGCUAGUUCUGGCAUAAUUUUACAAGCGUUUUGUUUUGUGUCGCAGUUUCUUUGUUGUUUUUGUUUAACAUUUGUAACGUCUAACUAAGAACAAUAAUUUGGUCAAAUUUGAGUGUGAAGCUAUUUGUCGGCUGGCAAGAAAAAUGUAUUACCUCGACGGCGUUUCGGCAGUUCAGUUGCAGUUCGUGGAAACUGGAAACGUUUUGCAUAUAAACGUAUUAUUUAGAAAUAAUCUAUUGUAAAAACCUACAUCAUCUUGAAGAACAAAGUGCUCAAAGACUUUUUAUGUAUCAGAACAUUUUUGUUUGACUUCCUGUUAAAACACUAAGUAGUUAAGUGACAUUCGCCCCAAUAUGAUUUGCCAAUUAAUAUUGUUGUUGCGGUUUAAUACAUUUAGUUGAAUGCCAAUAAUUCAAUUAAUGGUUAUUGAAUGUCUAUUAAUACUCAUUUGGGGUGUUUAAAGACUGAAAACACAUUUGGAAAUUCUAUUAAGGUACUAGUUCAUUUUUUAUACUUAUCACCCCUUAUAUUUAUGCAAAAUAGGUAGGAAUAUUUGUAAGUGUAAUGUGCCAUACAUUUUUCGCUCAUUGCUUUCCAUGUUGAUACAUACUCAUCUGAAAUGCAAGCUCAAUUUUAUCUGCUAAUACCUUUAUAAUAGUCUAUUUUUCUCCUUUAAAUAUUCCGAUGAGCAUGUAUCCUAUCCAAUGAAUCAAACACUUGUUAGAAUAAAGAUAUGGAAUCUAA